AUGGCAUUGUCUGCAUUUAAGCAGCCUGUCGGAGAUGUUCAGCAGAAAAGAAUGGGCUACAUCAAGAAUGAUUUUGACAACAAGAUUGUUGGUCAGAACGUAUGCCAGGGGGGCCCAGAGCAGCCGUGCUACAAGAUCGCCUACUUCCGUGACAUGACGAGCCGCGUGGCCUUCUGGGAGGCACGGCAGGCGUGUGAAAUGGACGGUGGCUCGCUGCUGAGCAUUGAGAGCGCCACUGAGCAACGCCACAUCGAGCAUCUCUUACAGGAGCUCAUCAGCACCGGCUCUGGCAUCGCCGAUGGCGACUUCUGGAUCGGGCUGACCCGCUCGGACGGCGACAGUGCCCAGGAACAUGCCGGGUUCACUUCCUGCCCGGACCUGUACCGCUGGACGGAUGGGAGCGUGUCGGAGUUCAGAAACUGGUACUUUGAUGAGCCAUCAUGUGGGGGCGAAGCCUGCGUGGUGAUGUAUCACCAGCCAACCGCUCAUCAUGGCCUAGGGGGAGCCUACCUGUAUCAGUGGAAUGACGACAGAUGCAACAUGAAGCACAACUUCAUCUGCAAAUACGAGCCAGAGAGUCACCUGGUGAAGGAACAGGGGGAUAGGCCAGGAGUUCGUGAAACAGAUCUACACACUUCAGAGGAGACACAGGACAACAAGCCAGCUGUGGCCACAGAGAAUGGAGACAGCCCUGUGUUUGUGGCAGACCCUUCAGGUAUGUUCCUGGUGUACGUGAUCAUUCCAACCAUCCCACUCCUGCUACUCAUACUGGUGGCCUCUGGGACCUGCUGCUUCCAGAUGCUCAGCAAAAGCAAACCAAGGACGAAGACAAGUGUUAAUCAGUCAACGCUCUGGAUCUCCAAGACCCCCAAGUCAGACACCGCCAUGGAGGUGUGAGAAUCUGGUUUGAGAGUUGGUAUAAAAUACCAACAAGCCCUCCAGUGGGCAUCUGACAAAGUGACUGUUGUCAGCUUUGUUAAGACUGCUGCUAGAUUCCUCUGCUUAUCUGCAUAGCAGUGUGUUGUGUCAAUGUGUAACUGUCCAACAGUCAAGGUCUACCGUGACAAACGAUGACAUUCUUCAGUGUGAACUGCAUGUUUAAUCGCAUUAGUAUGUAUCUCAUCAGCAUUUGCCAACAACACCCUCCACCUGUCAAUCGUCCAUCCAUCUUGGCUCACCCCUUGCUUCACUAGUUCCCCCCAUCAACCGCCUACUCUUGUUGCAUAUCUUUUCAUUUCCUUCUCCACCGCCUGUAUCUCUCCGUUCCUUGUGUGAGGGGGAGCCUUGCCUGCUAGUGCACUCAGUUGCUAGGGGAGGGCUAACACUAAUUGGCACCAAGCGCAGGGAGUGAAUUAAUUACAGUAAUUAAGACAGAUGCAAAUGGGAUGGAGAUAAAAAGUGGAAUUAAGAGUCCCAGCUGACGCAAAUAGGGUCACAGCCAUUGAAGACUUUGACGAACACACAGACACACACACAAAAUGAAACACCAAAAGCUGAGCUUAGUCCACUUUGUGUGUGUGUGUGUGUGUGUGUGUGUGUGUGUGUGUG